AUGCAGUCGCCCUUGCGCCACUAUUUCGGAAUUGGUUGUGCCACUCUGUUGUGGUGCGCUAUUUUCAAUGGCAUCUGCUCUCCCGGAGUGGAAGCCAAGUUUCUCAAGGUCCAAAAAUUGCGGCCGAGUGUUUUUACCGACUGGAAAACAUGUGCGGCUUGCUGCGUGACGUACGGGGUCAACAAUGGUUGCUGUGGUUGUUCGGUAGAGACGUCUGCUACCUGUGCAGCAGCAGCUUCUGUAUGCGGACAUUUGGUAUAAUGAGUUUUUUUCAGAUUCUUUGCGAAGUUGCGAUUGGUAAUCCUACUCUCCCUCCUCAUUACUUUCCUUGGGGGCUUCAUUUUAUGUGCUUUCCAAGGUUCCUAGCAGGAGAAAAGUGAGAUAGAAUUUGGAGGUUCGCAACUUGCCUGCCUCGCCCUCUGAAGCAGAGCAUCUUUAAACCUUCAGACACUUGCUGGGUCUGACUACUUCGUGGCCACAAGAUGGCCGACGAUUAUGAUUUCGCCACGAUCCACAGCCUGAUGUAACCUGAAUGUUCGUCGUUCCUCUGUGUGUGCAGAUUGAGAUUGAACUGCUCAUGAUCGCGUCACUCCGUAAGGAUUAUCUUUUUUCUGUGUUUCGCUUGUUCUUUGGUCCUUACUGGGAGGAUAAAAACCGAUGCACAAGCUAUCAGAACGACAUUCAUGUUUUUCGCAGUAUCGUACUUGGUUGAGCCACGAAGGUCGUGACGAUGGAGAAACUGCAGAAGCAGCGUGUCUGCGGAAAACGGAUUGAGCUCGAAAAUGGCACUCUUUUUGGCUUCUUUUAGCACUUUCCGUCAUGACACACAUCGAUGAAGCGUCUGCUUCUCUUUAUCUGUGUGUUGAUCUCAUAAGAAUGUGCGACAGUUCUAUUCACAUUUUCAUCAUAUCUACAAAAAGGUCACUGAAAAAUAUAAUACUAAUACAGGGCUGGAAGUACUUCGUUCAAGCUACGCGCGACUCGCAGGUGUGACCACUCAACUGUGACAGAUGCUGCUCAGCGGGCGAGGUCCUACGACCCUAAUCACGGAAAAGCAAAGGCUCCAUCUUCUUGUUUGUCAUGAUGCAAACAAGGCCUCCCUACUUGAUGGUUUGCUUAGUGCGGCUCAUCCGCCAAUCGAAACUCUCCUGCAUAGUUCAGUUCAGAGGUUUAUUCAUCUUGGACAUGACUACAUUUUUGCGAGCGCGGCACAUUAUGGCUCGCUGUCCACUUACUUUGUUCCCCGGUCUUACUGCCCGCUCCUACUUGCAUGAGAUGCCCGCAGUUAAUAUGUUUCCCCACGGGGGCGGCAGAGCAAAACAAUGGCCACAGUAGACAAUGUCACACUUGAGAAGGUAAUGAGUGGCGAAUAUCACGUUACGAUCAACAAGAGUUACGCAAGCGUAACAGGACACAGGUUGUACACUCUUGCUUGGUGUUGGCAAUCGACAAAGGUGCGGCGCAUGUGCAUGUUUGUAGUCUAUACAGAGGCCGGACCUGCAGUUAAUGAAUUGCGACGCUUUGUCCCUCAGGCGGCUGCGCACCGUGGUGUCGCUGGUGCGUCGCCGUUUUUAUAUUUAGCAAUUGCACUUCGGGGCAGCCAAAUUCGAAGGGUUGCGCUGCCACUGCGACACGCUGGACACUAGCGCCGGAGCAGCUGCUACUUUUUGCACUGCCGGGCGCUCCCCUGGCCCAUCGGUAAUAAGUGUAUGGCCCGGGGGUUUGUGUUUUCGCACUGCAAACACGCGCGUCUGUAGUGAAUGUGUGGCCCAUGUGUAAUAAGUGCAUGGCCCGGUUUGUAGUUGUUGUGCUGCGCACUGAUUAGUUUCGCGUUGCCACCUGCGCCACGCGGCAACAGUGCCGCUUCACUCCCUAUUAACGCGACGGUGGGAACCCAGCGGGUAAGAUUGAAGGGCAGGCACAGGAUGGUGGAGGUUUUCGGGCAGAGGUGGAACUUGGUCCCGACGGACAAGUGAAGAAAGCAAAUAUCGGAUCUACGGGAGAAAAACUCUUUUGCAAUCCUACACUGGCGCCUUUUUGUUUUCGUGUAUGUGCAAUCCACUAGUAGCGGUAGCGGGAGGGCGAGCUCCCGUGGGUCGCUCUCUUGCAUUUGGUACCGCAUUGUUCAUGCUGCAUGUUAAGCCUGCCCCUGAGCAGUAAACGCGCAACGGGAAAGACAAGUGGAUUCUCCGGGAAGAAAUGCAAGAAGAAGCAGUAUUCUCCGGGAAAGACCAGUAUCUUUCGGGCUUUCUUCAUUCCUUGUUUGUAUGAUGUGCACCAAAUUUCAGUAUUGAUCUUGCGUAGCCGACACUGGCUGCUUCUAGUUGCAAAUUGAUUUUUUUCUAUGCAUAUCUGUUACUCCGGAAGGAAACGGGCCGCAACAGCAGCAAAUGAGACAGCGGAUCGUAGAUGAGCGGAAGGGGUUGGGUCAACUGAAGGACAAGUAG